AUGCUGUCAAUCCUGUGUCUGGCACUGUGCAGCCUGCUGACUGGCACACGAGCUGACCCCGGAGUGCUGCUGCGGUUGGGCAUGGACCUCAUGAACCGCGAGGUCCAGAACGCCAUGGAUGAGAGCCAUAUCCUGGAGAAGAUGGCAGCCGAGGCGGGCAAGAAGCCCAUCAAGGGCAUCACCGAGGUGAAGGUGAAGGAUGUGCUCGUGCCAGUGAUCACUUUGAACCUAGUGCCCGGGGUGGGCAUCUUCCAGUGUGUGUCCACAGGCAUGACCAUCACGGGCAAGAGUUUAAUAGGGGGAAACAUGGAGAUCAUAGUUGUCUUGAACAUCACAGCGACUGACCGGUUUCUGAAGGACGAGGAGACGGGGCUCCCCAUGUUCAAGAGUGAAGGUUGUGAGGUCAUUGUGUCCAGUGUGAAGACCAACCUGCCUAAAAACAUGGUUAAAGUGGUCAGCAAGAUCUUGGACAGCACCCUACACAAAGUUCUCCCUGGCAUGCUGUGUCCAGCCAUUGACGCAGUCCUGGCUUACGUGAACAAGAAGUGGGCCAACCUGAACCUCCCCAUGCCUGUGGGCCAGAUGGGCACUGUCAAAUAUGCCCUGACGUCCAUCCCGACCCCCAUGACCAGCUACAUCCAAGUGGACUUCAGUCCUGAGGUACAGCAGAAGAAGGGCAACGCCAUUAAGCUUGCCGAUUCAGGGGAGGCCCUCGAGUUCCCUGAGAUGUAUGCUGAAGGCUCCUCACAGCUGCUGCUCUCAGCUGCCUUCCUCACAGCAGAGCUUGCCCUUCUGCAGACGUCUUUUGAUGUGAAUAUUAAGAAAACGAAGAUUGGGAAGUUGCGCUCACUAACCACUGCGACAUUGGCCAACUUUAUCCCUGAAGUGUCUGAGACCUAUCCCAAGCCAAAGCCCUUGGUGACGAAGAUCAAGAUAAACAAGCCCCCCAAGGUCACUAUGAAGAAAGGCAAGAGCCUGAUGCACUUCCAUGGCACCCUGGAGAUGUUUGCUACUAAGCGGCGGGGCAAGGCGCCUGCAUCCCUUUUUCUUCUGGAACUUCACUUCAACCUGAAAAUCCAAUUCUCAGUGAGUAAGAACCGGCUGCAGAUGACAACCUCUAUGAACAGCUUACGGACCCUGUCCCGGGAGUCCUCAUCCAUUGGUGCCUUCAGUGAGGAGGAAUUGAGCGACUUCAUCACUGAUUUCCUCCGAGAAGCCUAUGUCCCAGUCGUCAAUGAUGUGCUCCGAGUCGGGCUCCCCCUUCCGGAUUUCCUGAACAUGAAUUACAACCUAGCAGAGCUGGACAUAAUAGAGAAUGCCCUGGUGCUGGACUUGAAGCUAGACUGA